AUGACCGGGUUGAAGUUAAAACCCCGGUCAUACGCGCAUGCUGUGACCGCAGACAGCGAGGACAGAGCCGGCGAGCUGGAGAUGAGCUCUGUGGAACAACAAGUGGCAGCUUUUCUCACAACCAGAGACAUUAAUCUGGACGUGGAUACCAUCGAGGCUUGCCACCCACUGCCAGAUAGGGACAACAACACGCCAGCUGUGAUCUUGAGAGCUGGACACAGCCGAAUCCUCUCGGUGUGCGACAGGAACCCGGGAACAGGUGCUCUCCUGCUGUGCGCGGAUCAUCCAGCAAAAACAAAGAAGGCAGCCUUUGAAAGCAGACAGACAAGAUUCUUGCAGAGUCCUGAUGGCGUCUUGAGCUGCUGUGAUUGGUUCUUGGUGCUUCUCUCCUACCUCAUGUUGCUGUUCACUCUGCCCCUCUCCAUAUGGAGGUGCUUUAAGGUCAUUCACACGUAUGAGCGGGCCGUGAUCUAUCGCCUGGGACGCGUUUGGCGAGGAGGAAACAGAGGACCAGGGUUGGUCUUCGUCCUGCCGUGGACGGACACGUUGAUGAGAGUCGACGUCCGCACCAUCACCUUCAACAUCCCACCACAGGAGGUUGUGACUGAAGAUCUUGUCCGGGUGUGGACUGAUGGUGUGAUCUGCUACCGGGUCCAGAACGCCGCCAAGUGUGUGACCAACGUCAGCGACGUGCACGUGGCAAUCCGGCUGUUGGCUCAGACCGCUGUGAGGAAGGUCCUGAGCACAGUGAGCCUGCGUGACAUCCUGUCAGAGCAGGAAGAGGUCACCUCCAUCAUACAGUCCACUCUGGAGGCCACCAUGGAGGACUGGGGGAUCCAGAUCCAGCAGGUGGAGAUCAGGAUGUCCAACUGUCCCCAGCAGCUGCACAACUUUGUGGCAGACAAGGUGGCGGCUGUAGAGGGACACCUGAACUCACCGCUGAUGCAGAAGGAGGCGGCUGUGACUGGAGAGACUGCAGCAGCACCGAGGCUGCGCUACCUGCAGACCCUCCAAAACAGCAGUUUCUUUGGUGGACUUGUCGCUCGGGGGGAGUAUAGAAGUGCAAUGUCCACACAUGGCACAGCUUAUGCUCCCCCACCUGUACCCAGUAACGCCUGCCAUGUUAGACUGCCAGUCUGA